AUGCCAAAGAAGCGCGUCGCCAAUGGAGACAUGGACGACUUCUCCGAUGACGGCUUCGACGACCUCAACGCCACGACCCUCCAGGAGCUGGAGAACAAUGCCAUCCAGCUGACGCAGGCCCGGCAGCUCGCCCCCACCCAGCCCGUGCCUGUGAACGACGACGACUACGGGCUCGAGGACGAUGACCUGGACGACACCGUUGUCAUAGACGAGGCUGCCCACCUGCCCCCAGCGCCCAUACAGCAAAACCGGGACCCACAACUCGCUGCACUCCAGGCCCGUGUCAGAGCCCUCGAGAAUGACUUGCGUUCAGCCCGUGGGGAGACGUCUAUUGUGCGCUCCAAAUACGAGAGGUCUGUUGCAACCCACGAGGCAGAAGUGUCCAAGCUCAAGAAGCAGAACGCCGAGGCCCUGGCCAAACAAGAACGCCUUGUUGAGGCUGCUGUCCACGCGGAGAAGGCUGCUGCCACAGAGUUGCAAUUCACUCGGCAGGAUUUGAGAGAGGAGCUACAGAAGUCAAAGAAGGGCCGCAAGGAACCCACAGAGGCAACUUUCUCAACCCCCAGGAAGAACAAAGCGAACAGUUUCAAAAAUAUUGCAGAUGGCUUCGACGAUGUGGAAAUACUGCCCAGUCCCUCCAAGGCGCAGGGAGGGGGAAAGGGCAAGGGCAAGGGCUCUAUCCUGGCCCCAGGCGAUAGGACUCCGAGCAGGGCCAAGAGGAAAAGGCCCGCCAUCGACAGUCCGGUGGCCGCUCUCGAGGUGGAAGAUGACACUGUCAUGGCCGAUGCUGCUCCUGCUGCUACACACUUCCCCUCGGAUUCUGAGCAGUCCUUUGCCGGUAUCAUCUUCCAGAAGCUGCCCUCGCUCGGCGAUCCUCGUGAUCCCGUUCGGUUGCUGAUCGACUUCUGUGAGAUGAUCAUAGACCUGUGGGACCAGUGUCUCCGGGAGAAAUACUAUGAGCCGAUCUAUGAGCUGGUGGCCCUGAUCACCUUCAUUCUGCAGCUAAACACCAUAUCAGUCGCACCCUAUAUUACCUCGACCCUGGUCCCCGUUGCGCAGACCACAAUAUUCCUGCUCGCUGUCCCGCGGUUCGAAAGUCAAGAUGGUGCUUCGGCGUCCAGCGCGGAUGAGACGAUACAACACCUAGUUCUGAACAUUGAUACCGAAGGCACAUUGCAGCUCAUGUACCUCGCCGCUCUUGGCUGCACCGACUCCUACCUGCUCGAUCCGCAACAUCCCCUGGACCUUGGCCCCGACCGGGAUUCGCCACAGAGACUUUACUGGAAGCUCAUGCGAAUUGACUUUGUACUGUUGAUGCUUUCGCCUAAGCAACCGCGCGACGACUUCCUCGUGGAGCUUAUCCAACCUGCGUUUGACGGGGACGAAGAAGAAGAAAAGGAGCAUGGAGAGCCACAGCCAGAGAAGCCACCUGCCGACUCUGAGAUGAUGGAAGGGGUGGACGAGGGCACUGCCAAUCGGCCAAUCGCACUAGACGAAGACGACGCGGAGCCGGAGGCGUUGCCAACGCCAGAUCAGUCGCCGCAGACACCCCUGGAUCCCAGCCCAACACCGCUCCUGUACAAAAUUGCGUCGUCGGUGAUAUUACUCCUCCACACGCUUGUCACCGACCCGGCGACAUCAGCACACACUGAUAUGCGCGCCAAGCUGUCGACGUCGCACGGUGCACCGCAAAAGUACCUACUCACACUGUCGCGACUCAACUAUGCGGAAGAGGACUUGGUGUUCGAGGCCGGGAUCGAUCAGGGCACGCUUGACCGGGCGAACGAGCUGCUGGAUCUGGCCAUCACGCCAGAGGAGGCUGAGGGGGUAAGACAGGUCUUCGGUGCUUAA